AUGAAGUCAUCGAUGCUGUCCGUGCUGCUGUGGACUUGUGCCAUCGACUUGCAGUUCGCAGCUUCAUCUGAGACGAAGAUGUUUCCCAAAGCCAAGGUACCCGAUGACCUGGUCAGUUACUUUACAUUCACGAAUCCGAAGGUGCAACGCAUUCUUGAAGACUAUUUGCCGGGGGUGAUCCCGCCAGCCGACUUUGAAGUGUCCCCGAACGCGCCGCAAGGCAGAGCCAUUGCCGCGGCCAACACCCGUCCGGACUCUGGUCUUCCAAGGAUCAUAGAAAAGGCCAUCGAGUUUGCAGAUUCGGCCGUUUCUGGCCAGCAAACAGCUAAGGACUCUUCCAUGGUGAAGAGCAACCGGUCGUCAAUCGCCGGCAUACCGGACGUCUUUCCUCACUUGCCAAAGGCACCGAUUGCGGAGCCAGCUGCAAUUGCCACUCCUCCAGCCGCUUCCUUACCUAGCAGACCAAUAGUUCCUGAGGGAGGCUUGGGACCACUCGCGAAACUGUUGGAACCGCUUAAGAAGACAGCUGACCAAAACUCGCAGUUGCCGGUGUUUGGAGACACGUCGUCUACGUUGAACCUGGAAACUGCGGAACUGACACCUGAUUUGUCCUUCUUGCCUAACAGUGGGCUACUGAAGACGCAGGGUAAAGCUGCGACAGGAGAGGAAAGAAAAAAGAUUCAAAAGACUGCUCCAGAACGUGAGAUUCCCAUCCCAGAGCCCCCUCAGCAAAGUGGCGGCCUGACAUCGCAGAUUUUACGAAGCAUAGGCCUCGGACAACUUGCCGACAGGAUCGAUUACACGGAACUAAAAUCCGUGAUUGGCCUCAAUCCACCAGAUAAAGAAGGAACGAGUGUUCUCAAAGGAACACUGUACAAUAUUCUGGCUAACCAUGACCCGCUGCAGCGAGCUAAGCUCUGGAAAAACAAUACGAACGCGAUGGUGCUUGGAACCAACCUGGCUUUAGUUCAAAAUUUGUUGAACCUUCCAGAAAGCCCGCUUUGCCAACCGAAGCCACAACCGGUCGACAACUUUGAUGUGCUCUAUAGUCCGCCGCUCGCCACUGGCCCUUGCAAUCAUAAACUGACAGAUGUCGGAAAUGGAGGACCGGGAACGAUCGUGGACACCUUCGAGUACACAAGAGGAAACAGUCCAUACGACAAGCCAAAAAUAGUUUCCGGUUAUGGCGUCCUUCGCAGGUCUGGCCUGUUCGCAUACCGCACUAGCAACAAUCCCACAGAUGUAAACAUGUACAUCGUGAAUGUUGGCCCGCUGAAUCAAAGGGGACAGUACGAAUACGUGGUGAUUACAAUCAACUGCAACUACCCGCUGUACGUGCUGGCUCGAGAUCCGGUACAGUACAAAUCUCGGUACGAAUCAGAGGUGAACGAUUUACUCGUCCACAACAAGUUGGUUACCAACUGGACCAAGAUGCUGAAUCUGAUAGCCUCAGUGGACCAUAACCUUUGUACGUUCCCGCCUACGCUGUUUAAUUCAUGA